AUGAAGACACUCACUCUCGUAAAUCCAGCUACUGACACCACCAGUAAGCUAUUCCCCCUCCAAAAGAAAGGCAACAGCACAAAACAGCAAAAAUCUGUUGCUCCGAUUACUGAGAAGCUUGUACGUGCCACAUACACGGCAUGCACCCCUGAUACGGUGCAUGAUAGUGCGACCUCGGGAAGUGAGGUGGAGACAAUAACGGGAGAUCUAUUUGACUGUGUUGAUAUGUACAAGCAACCAGCAUUCAACCACCCUUUAUUGAAAAAUCAUACUCUUCAGUUAAAACCAAGUAGUCUUCCAAAGGGAAUGAAGCUUGCAAAAUCUAAACCAGCUUCUUUUUAUGGAUUCAAUGAUACUUGUCCUUCUGACACUGUUCUCAUCCACCGUGCUCGGAAACAAGAUUUAAUUGAGUCUAAGCUCUUGAGAAACCAAUUUAGAGCACAAGCCAUAGCUAAUAACCCAACUGCAGAAGGAAGUCACUAUGCAAUAAUUGAAACAGAAUAUGAUCAAUUUUUUGGAGCAUAUGAUCCAUUUUAUGGAGCAUACGCAAAAAUGGCGACUUAUAAGCUUCCAGAUUUACAAGCUAGCCAAACAUCAUCCAGCACUAUAUAUCUUUUUGGUGAUAAAAAAGUUCCAAAUAAUGAACUCAAUGUGAUCCAGGCCGGUUGGCAUGUUUCACCAAUCAUGUAUGGUACCAGCUAUCCUCGUUUUUUUACUUUUUGGACCAUUGAUGGGUACGAGAAAACGGGAUGUGGAAAUUUAGAAUGCCCUGGUUUUGUUAGCACCACAAAUAUUUAUGGACCUGGAAGUUUUAUUCCUGAAUUUUCUACUUACGGCGGCGAACAGAAAUAUCUAUCCAUAUUAAUUUCUAGGGAUUCUAACACGGGGAAUUGGUGGGUUACCUAUAAUGAUCAGCUACCUCUUGGGUAUUUCCCUAAGGAAUUGCUUCCUAAGAUGGAUGAUUACGCAGAUGCUAUUCAAAUGGGUGGGCAUGUUUACUCUCCCUUGAAUGUGCCAAGCCCUCCGAUGGGCAGUGGUCAUUCAAGUAAUGAAGGACCUAAUAAAGCUGCUUAUUUCAUUCAAGUUCAGUCAGUGGAUUCCUCGAAUAAGUUGACCAAUUUUGACAAUGGAUUUAUUAAGUCUAGGUCUGAUAUUGGUGAUUAUUAUAGCAUAUCUGAUAAUCAUGAAUCUGGUAAAGAUAAAUAUGUUUUUGCUUACGGAGGAGCUGGAGGUUUCACAAAGUAA